CGGAAGUGGGCGGACGGGGCCGAGAGGGGCUCCCCUCCUGCGGCCAUGUCCGGGGUGGUGCGGACGCUGAGCCGCUGCCUCUUGCCGGCCGAGGCCUCUCCCCGCGGGACCGGGAAGGAGCGGGGCGGGGGCGGCGGGGAGGCGGAGCGCGAGGCCCGGCGCCGCAGCCGCGAGAUCGACGCCCAGCUGGCCCGCGAGCGCCGCGCCGUCCGCCGCCUGGUCAAGAUCCUGCUGCUGGGCGCCGGGGAGAGCGGCAAGUCCACCUUCCUCAAGCAGAUGCGCAUCAUCCACGGGAGGGAGUUCGACCAGAAGGCCCUGCUCGACUUCCGCGCCACCAUCUACGAGAACGCCCUCAAGGGCUGCAGGGUUCUAGUCGAUGCACGGGACAAACUAGGCAUUCCUUGGCAGUACACCGAGAAUGAGAAGCAUGGGAUGUUUCUGAUGGCUUUUGAAAACAGGGCUGGGAUGCCCAUUGAACCCUCUCUGUUCCAGCUGUAUGUGCCUGCCUUGAUUGGUCUGUGGAAGGAUUCUGGGAUCAAAGAAGCUUUUAGCCGCAGGAGUGAAUACCAGCUGGGUGAAUCAGUGAAAUAUUUCCUGGAUAAUCUGGACCGGAUUGGACAGUUGAACUAUUUCCCCAGCAAGCAAGACAUCUUGCUCGCGAGAAAGGCCACCAAGGGAAUUGUGGAGCACGAUUUCGUCAUCAAGAAGAUUCCUUUCAAGAUGGUCGACGUGGGCGGACAGCGGUCUCAGCGGCAAAAGUGGUUCCAGUGCUUCGAUGGGAUCACCUCGAUCUUGUUCAUGGUCUCCUCGAGCGAAUACGAUCAGGUCCUGAUGGAAGACCGGCGCACAAACCGACUCGUGGAGUCCAUGAACAUCUUUGAGACCAUUGUGAACAACAAGCUCUUUUUCAACGUCUCCAUCAUUCUCUUCCUGAACAAAAUGGACCUUCUGGUGGAGAAAGUGAAGACUGUCAGCAUUAAGAAGUACUUUGGAGACUUCAAGGGUGACCCGCACCGUCUGGAGGACGUCCAGCGUUACCUGGUGCAGUGUUUUGAUCGGAAGCGGAGGAAUCGCAGCAAGCCCCUUUUCCAUCACUUCACCACCGCCAUAGACACUGAAAACAUCCGCUUUGUCUUUCAUGCUGUCAAGGAUACAAUCCUUCAGGAAAACCUUAAAGAUAUCAUGUUGCAGUGAAAGAAAGUUCACUUUUUUCCUGGCAGCCAAGCCUAGCUGUAGACCCAGCUUAUUUUGGUUCUAGUGUUGGAUUUUUUAAAAAGAUCCUAACCAUUUGUUUGUCUCAAGAAAACGACAAAAUAGCCAGUCUAGAUAGACGAGCAAUGGGCAGAAGGACUGUGAAAGCGCAAACUAGCUACUGAAUCGCUUAACUAAAACACUACUGAAAAAAAAAGUGGCUGUUAGAAGUUCAGUGCCUUCUUCUGAAUCACACUAUUGUAUUCUGCCUUCCGAAAAGAAAACUCUAACUUUGGAGAAAAACGUGUAAAGUAAUUUGUGAUUAUAAUUAAUGUUAUUUAAUGGUGCCAAAAUCUGAUGCCAUACUGCCUGUCUCCCCACGUUAGUAUUUUUUUUUUAACAAACCCAAUCAUGUAUCUAAUUCUCUUGACUGAGACUUCAUUUUGGAAAACGCAUUGCAAAUACGUGGUUGUAAUCCUGAGAUCCAACGCUUAGGUUUGGUGCGUACAAAAUUAUCCGCCAGUAUUCAGAUUGUGUUUGAAAAUCUCUGCAGUUUCCCUCAAAUUAGAGGUUCAGAACUGCGAAACUGAUUUCACUGGUUGUACAAACUGGUUUGUUUUUUAGGGAUUCUGAUCCAAAAGGGUGGAAAUUCAAGGUCUGAGUUGGUGCAACACAAGGCUUUACUUUGCACUACAUGUAUAGUAUCCAUUGCAUCAUGGAAUUACGACGUGAGCCCACUAUGCACAAUCUUAAUAUUCUCAUCGGACAUCUUCAAUCUUCUAACCUACAUCUGGAACUGUUUGGAAAUGUCCUCUCAACUUAACAAUGUUUUUGGUCUCAGAUAUGAAAGUUGACCCUACUCUUUGGGCAGUUUGGUUCAUCAGUGGCUGUUCGUCACAUCAAGGCAAAACACUACUCAUUUUGAACUGAAAUGCCUUACUUUCAAUUAAUUGUUAGUAUCUGGUGCCAGAUUUGUAUCAACCUAUGAAUAUACAUUGAGAAUCUUGUAAACUGACAAGUUCUAGCUGGCCCCUUUAAGGGUGCCACAAAAUUAUGUGUACGUUUGCAAGAGGCUGUGAGUAAUGUUGAUGUGAGCCUUUCUUUUUUUUAAGUUUCCUACAUUGAACUUAACUAUGGGUGCCUUUUCUGUGUGUACAAAUAUUUCAUACUACGACGUCUGUAUUAACCAAAACAGUGGCCUACCUUUUCAGUGCUAAUAGUCUUCAUUCAGGGAUCCUGUUCAACAUAAGGAAGUUUACUGUGACAUUGGUACAUUACUUGUUAUAAUAGAACACAAAGGGCUUAGAUUUUGUAUCGCGUUAUCGGAACGCUUUCGUUUAUGCUGUUUGUGCCAUUUGAUGACAGUCGUAUCAUGGAUUCCAAGCAUGUCUUGGGUCUUCUGCGUGGACAAAUCCUAGAAUGUUUUUUUCUCCGUGUGGAAUACCUAAAUGUAUAUAUGCAUGCUUUUGUAUGUGUACCAUACAUUCUGAAACAGAAACUGGCACAAAUCUUGCUUUCCUGCUAAAUUUAGCUCCGCUCAAUUCCAGACUUUUCCAACUUUCAAGGUUACAUUACACUUGAGAACUUACAUAGUGUAGUUUUCUAAGGACCAACUACCAUUCCCACUUCUGGGUCUAGGCAAGAAUCUAAUAGUCCCACUCUACCACGUAUAUGCUAAUAUGUUGAAAUAGUAUUGAAGUUUAUAGUAUCUAUUAAAGGAUGAACGGGAAUGUAA